GCCGCCUCUUUCUGUGAUGGGUGCCGUGGUCGGGACCCGGCUGUCAGGGACGCGAUAGGCCGAACGGUCCCUACCUGCGCUGGCAGCUCCCUGUCACUGGUUGCCCGAGGCCCCGGGCUCUUCCUCUGGUGCUGCCGGGUCCUGGAGCCAGUCCUCUAUUAACCCGCUAGGAGAGGGAGGCAGUAGCAUGUAAUGUCAGUAAAUGCAUCUGCUUUUGGUGCAGAGGUUAAGAAAAAGAUCAGAGAGCCUAUCCGUGUGGAGUUACUAGUGAAAAUCAAAUCGACUAUAAUAUCAAAACAGGUCUGACUGGGAGCCUGGCCCUAGUCUCUCCCAUCGUGGGAAACACUGCACUGAUUGGCAACCUCAGCCAAUAAACCAAGAGUAGUUGCAAGCCAAUUAACCUUUCUAACAAAACUACUUUCGCCAUCAGUCACAGGAAGUAAUUGGGUAUUUGAAGUGGCUAAGUGAAUUUUAAUUGCUAUCUCUUAGAUAAUGGAUAUUCUACAGAUUGGCAUGAUUGUGAUCUGCAUGUGUUUGACUGCAUUCAAGCCUUCUAUUGGUCAAAAGCAAAACUUGGAUUCAAGUCUAGAAAUCUAUAGGAAGCUGUUUGAAACUAAACGCAAAGACCAGAUGCAUGCAUUGAAGAACAUGAUUGAAUUAAAUGACAUAAAUCAACAGUACAAGAUUAUUGAUAUCAUGUUGAAAGGACUAUUCAAGGUACUGGAAGACUCCAAGACAAUACUGAUUGGUGCUAAUGUGCAAGCUGAUGGGCCACUACCUCACGAUGAGAAACUCAAAGAUGCUUAUUCCCACAUUGUUGAAAACACAGCUUUCUUUGGGGAUGUAGCUCUACGUUUUCCCAAGAUUGUCCACUAUUACUUUGAUCAAAACUCCAAUUGGAAUAACUUAAUCCGGUGGGGAAUCAGUUUCUGUAACCAAACAGGAGUUUUUGAUGGAGGCCCACAUACACAGCUUCUAAAUCUGAUGGCACAGGAGCUAGGGAUCAGUGAAAAAUCUCCUGACUAUAAAAACCCAUUUAAAGAUGAGAAUAAUGAUUUUAUCAGCGAUAAUGAUGCCUUUCGCAAAGCCUUGAAAGAUGAGGAGAAAAGGAGGAAAAAAGAAGAUAAGAGGAAGGAGCUUCGAAAAGGGCCAAGGAUUACAAAGACAAGAUCUGAAUUAUGACCCAUUGAGCAACAUGAUAAUUGUUGAGACUGUUAAUAUACUGUUGACUGGAGCUGCUAGAAAUCUGUCCCUGGCACCUAUACAAGACUGAAGAAAAUACUUCUAGCAUGGCAGUAGCCCUUAUGGAUUUGCUGUCAAUACCGCUGCUACCUUUAAUUGAAAGAACCAAUGUCAUUCUCAAGCCCACAUUUGUUUUGAUUCAUAUCAAUAAAAUGGGUUUGAAUUAUUGAAUGUAAUCCCUGAAAUGUUGGUAACAAUCCCAGAAUCUGAGCUAAAAGGCUUUGAGUUCUUCCAUUACUGUUAAGUAAUGAACCUUAACAGUACCAACUCAAUUGUGUAUUACAAGUUGAACUGCUGGUUUUCCAAUUUGAGAAUAAAGUGCAGGAAUUUAAAAAUAUAA